GGCGGCUCUCGCGGCUGAUGUUGAUUUUUGCAGCUGCAAGUUGCGUUCAGUUCCUCAGAAGGAGAAAGUUUGCCUUCUCAAGAAGAACUACUCGAUCAAUUAAAUCUCGAGCAGUUUCACUGCAACUGCAUCUGGCUGCGUGUUGAUGUCGCGUACUUGAAUCCGAUCGAAAGAAUGGCCCCGGCUCUGAGCAAGUACCUCACGUCAAGGACCGUCAUAAAUGCAGGUUCAUUGUCGGUCCUCCUCUGGCUGGCGCACAUUAGCCGAAAGGCGAGGAAAUCGAGGAAUCCGGCCACCGACAGUAUUCGCUAUGUCGUCGGAGAACAGAAGUCGAGCCAAUCCAAAGGUCAGAAGGCGCACGUUGACGCCGAGUUCGCGAAACAACUGCGCGCGCUGUGGAAAAUCAUCGUGCCGGGGCUGUUCAGCCCUGAGGCGGGAUUCCUGGCCCUCGUCGCAGCUUCUUUGGUGGCGAGGUCGCUGUGUGACCUCUGGAUGAUCCAGAAUGGAACCCUCAUUGAGAGUGCUAUUAUUGGUGCGGACAAGGCCAAGUUCAGAGUAAGACUGUUCAACUUCCUCGCAGCAAUGCCUGUUAUCUCCCUCGUCAACAACGUAUUGAAAUACGGCAUCACUGAAUGCAAACUUCGAAUGAGAACCAGAUUAACCCAUCACCUUUACGACCAGUACCUGAGUGGCUUCACUUACUACAAAAUGACUAAUCUGGACAACCGAAUUGCCAACGCAGACCAACUGCUGACGGUUGAUGUGGAAAAAUUCUGUGAUACAGUGGUGGAUCUCUAUUCUAACAUCAGCAAACCGCUGUUGGACAUCGGCAUUUAUGUCUACAGGUUGACCAUGAACAUCGGGUUCAAGACUCCUUCUGUAAUGAUGGUCUACCUGCUGAUAUCCGGUGUUAUUUUGACGCACCUCCGAAGGCCCACCGGACGCCUUACCAUGGAGGAGCAGAGGCUGGAAGGAGAGUUCCGCUACAUAAACUCACGUCUCAUCACCAACUCCGAGGAAAUUGCCUUCUACCAAGGCAACCGCAGAGAAAAACUGACUCUUUUAGCAUCAUACAGCAAAUUGAUAACUCAUCUUCGCAAAUUCCUGGACUUCAAGUUUGUAAUGGGAGUUGUUGACAACAUUGUUGCACGGUACAUUGCCACUGUUGUUGGCUUUUGGGCAGUCAGCAUUCCGUUCUUGACGUCUUCUGGUGCUCUGUCCAAAAUCAAUCAACAAGAGAGACUGCAGCAAUAUUACACAAGCGGAAGGAUGUUGGUUAAGCUGGCAGAAGCCAUUGGUAGACUGGUGCUUGCCGGCAGGGAGAUGUCUCGUCUUGCCGGCUUUACUCAGCGGGUCACGCAGCUAAGGCAGGUGCUCCUUGACCUCAACCAAGGUCACUACGUGCGCAGCAUGGUCAGCACAAAUGGCAUGGCCAAUGGUGAUGGACCCCAUCGAGAGGGAAAACUGCCUCUGAUUCCUGGAGCCGGCCGCCUUGUGAUUCAGGACAAAAUCAUCAAAUUCGACCGAGUCCCUCUUGUCACACCAAAUGGAGAUGUACUUAUUGACGAACUCAGUUUCGAGGUUCACUCCGGCAUGAACGUCCUUGUCUGCGGUCCCAACGGAUGUGGCAAGUCGUCGCUAUUCCGCAUGCUGGGCGAACUCUGGCCUUUGUUCGGAGGAACUCUGACCAAGCCAGAAAAGGGGAAACUGUUUUACAUUCCACAGAGGCCAUACAUGACACUCGGCACCUUGCGAGACCAGGUCAUCUAUCCACACACCAUUGAGCAAAUGAGGAUGAGUGGAAAGACUGAGGCAGACCUUGAACGGUACCUUGACAGGGUGCAGCUGUCCAACAUUCUGAGCAGGGAGGGUGGCUGGGACGCCAUUGCCGACUGGCUUGACGUCCUCUCCGGAGGAGAGAAGCAGAGAAUUGCCAUGGCGCGUCUGUUCUACCACGAGCCACAGUUUGCCAUUUUGGACGAGUGCACCAGCGCUGUCAGUGUUGAUGUUGAAGGCUUGAUGUACCAGUAUUGCAGAGAAGCUGGCAUCACAUUGUUCACUGUGAGCCACAGGCGAUCUCUGUGGAAACACCACGAGUACUAUCUGCAAAUGGACGGGCGUGGGUCGUUCGAGUUCAAGAAGAUCGAAGAAAACACGGAGCAGUUUGGGUCAUGAUUUCCUUUUUGGCAUUUUAGGUGGCGGAUAAUUUAUUGUUAUUAAGUUGCUGUUAUAUUGUUGCCAAUGAUUAUAAUCCCGGUACGGCUACUACUGAGUUACGCAAAAACACAUUUCCUUUCUGCGACGUGUUUUGUCACAAUCAACGAUUUUGUAUAAAUACAUAAUACUACUUGCAUUUGUAUACAAACAUCUAUUCUCACACUUACAAGACGAGUCAGCUGAAAUGAAACAGCUAUUUUGUUUAUGUAUGACGCUUUUCGCUACGUUGAGAUUUCAUUACUUAAAAGUGCCAGUUCAUUGGAGGAGAAUCGCGAUUUGUUAUGUCUGAAAUCUGAUAAUUUAUAAAUAAUUUUACCCUGAAAUUUGUGAGCAGCUUGGUUAUUUCUAGUGACGUAACAUGGACCCAAUUAGAAUUAAACUUAUAUUAUGUCACAAUAAAUUCUAGUUCGACUGUGGUAAUAUUUGAGUUUUGAAACUGUUGAGCAGUUUUUAUACCGUACUCGUCUCCAAACAUUCUUCACCAGUGCACUAUUUUACAGUGGUAGGUUAUUUGUGAUUUGCAUUACUAUUAUGUUACGAUUUUUUUUAAAUAAAAUUAUUAUUUGGAGUUAAAAAUAAAA